AUGCGGUCCGGGUCGCCGGAGUAGCGGGUUCCUACCAAGCGUUGUUUCGGAACUCGGCCUCGGAAGCAUGCCCUGAUUGGCUUGCUCUGGAGGCGGGGACAGGACUCAUUUGAGUCUAGGACCACUUCCUGAGACGCGAGGCAGGAAGUUAUCUGGUCUCUCUGGAGUCCUGUGGAGAAAGUGCUGUCUGCUGCAGUGGUGGCGGCGAGAACUGGAGGUGGGUCGGGAGACUGGCCGUUCGGUCUCGCCGCAGCCAAGGACCCGUUUCCAUCGUAGCACCACGGCCCUCUCCUCCAGCCCCGAGCCCGGCGCGGCUGCCCGGGGGGCUCUUUCAGGCUCCUUGACGCAGCUCCAAGAGGCGCCUAUCUGGGCAUCGCCUGGGCCUCCAGCCAGGGGACUGACUCCCGGCUUCAGCUCUCCGGGCCACUGUAAGAAGUGCUCUUAUCACCCCUCGCCCUGUCCUCCUCCUCCCUGAACCAUCGAGACCCUGGUCCAGAGCGAUAGCCUUGGACCUGGGACUAGGCGGAUCCAAGACGCUCAGCCCCGGCACUCCACAGACGGGGCUCUGCAUCGUCUCUGAUAUGUCACCCACCAUCUCCCACAAGGACAACAGUCGGCAACGACGACCAGGGACUUUCAACCACUCUCUGGAUAUGAAGAGCGGUCCUCUGCCGCCCGGCGGCUGGGAUGACAGUCACCAGGAAUUGGUGGGCGGGGAAGGGGACAAAGAAGCUCUGCGGGAUACCGGCACUGGUGACUUCUCAAAAGCCCCACGGAGUUGCCGGGCCGAAUUAAGCAGCAUUCUGCUGUUGCUUUUUCUUUACGUGCUUCAGGGCAUUCCACUGGGCCUGGCGGGAAGCAUCCCACUCAUUUUGCAGAGCAAAAAUGUUAGCUAUACAGAUCAAGCUUUCUUCAGUUUCGUCUUUUGGCCCUUCAGUCUCAAAUUGCUCUGGGCCCCGUUGGUUGAUGCAGUUUACUUUAGGAACUUUGGUCGUCGCAAAUCUUGGCUUGUCCCUACACAGUAUAUACUGGGACUGUUCAUGAUAUAUUUAUCCACUCAAGUGGACCGAUUGCUCGGGAACACUGAUGGUAGAACCCCCGAUGUGAUUGCUCUCACUGUGACAUUCUUUUUGUUUGAAUUCCUGGCCGCCACUCAGGACAUCGCUGUGGAUGGUUGGGCGUUAACAAUGUUAUCCCGGGAAAACGUGGGUUAUGCUUCUACUUGCAAUUCAGUGGGCCAGACAGCGGGCUACUUUUUGGGCAAUGUUUUGUUUUUGGCCCUUGAAUCUGCGGACUUUUGUAACAAAUAUUUGCGGUUUCAGCCUCAACCCAGGGGAAUCGUUACUCUCUCAGAUUUCCUUUUUUUCUGGGGAACUGUAUUUUUGAUAACAACAACUCUAGUUGCCCUUCUGAAAAAAGAAAACAAAGAAGUAUCAGUAGGAAAAGAAGAAACCCAAGGGAUCACAGAUACUUACAAGUUGCUUUUUGCAAUUAUAAAAAUGCCAGCAGUUCUGACAUUUUGCCUUCUGAUUCUAACUGCAAAGAUUGGUUUUUCAGCAGCAGAUGCAGUAACAGGACUGAAAUUGGUAGAAGAGGGAGUACCCAAAGAACAUUUAGCCUUAUUGGCAGUUCCAAUGGUUCCUUUGCAGAUAAUAUUGCCUCUGAUUAUCAGCAAAUACACUGCAGGUCCCCAGCCACUAAACAUAUUUUACAAAGCCAUGCCCUACAGAUUAUUGCUUGGAUUAGAAUAUGCUCUACUAGUUUGGUGGACUCCCAAAGUAGAACAUCAAGGAGGAUUCCCUAUAUAUUACUAUAUUAUAGUGCUGCUGAGUUAUGCGUUACAUCAGGUUACAUUGUACAGCAUGUAUGUUUCCAUAAUGGCUUUCAAUGCAAAGGUUAGUGAUCCUCUUAUUGGAGGAACAUAUAUGACCCUUUUAAAUACUGUGUCCAAUCUGGGAGGAAACUGGCCUUCUACAGUAGCUCUUUGGCUAGUAGAUCCCCUCACAGUGAAAGAGUGUGUAGGAGCAUCAAACCAGAAUUGUCGAACACCUGAUGCUGUUGAGCUUUGCAAAAAGCUUGGUGGCUCAUGUGUUACGGCGCUGGAUGGUUAUUAUGUAGAAUCCAUCAUUUGUGUUUUUAUUGGAUUUGGUUGGUGGUUCUUUCUUGGUCCAAAAUUGAAAAAAUUACAGGAUGAAGGACCAUCUUCAUGGAAGUGCAAAAGAAGCAACUAAUGCAUUCACUACUGGACAUUCUAGGAAGGUAACUGUAGUUUCAUUUUAAUUCAGACAGUUAUGAUAAUCAGUGCACGGGAGUAUAAAAUAAUAUUUUAAACAAGGAAGUUACUAAUAUAAAAUGCCAAAUGAUUAAAAAAUAGAGACUCUCUGUAUAGUUGAUUAUAUUUUCCUUGCCUUGUCAGUGUAUUUGAAGUUUACUUAAGGUCAGGAAAUUGGUUCUUAAAACAAGUUUUCUGACCUUGUUAUUUGAUUUAUAUCUUUUUAAUUUACUGACCAAAGUAUGUUUUAACCUGCAGUGCAGUAGUCAUGGGCGGUAACCAUGCAGUCAAGUAUUGUUAUCAGUACCUAUCACUGAGCUGUAUUUAAAAUUUUAGUACAAUAUAUUAAGUGGAACAGAGCUUGAUAUUCAGGUGCUAAUUACAACUAGUCUGGCCUUGUUGGCAGUUAAAUCUUAUUUUGAAUUGCAAAUUGGUUAAAUUCUAUGUGGAAUUUGCUGAGAAGAGAAUGCAGACUACUGAAAUGCCAUUUUAGUUGUUAUUUUUCUGACCAUAACCACAUUGUACUAAUGAAUCUGUGUUAAGAAGACUAUUUUAAAUGUAUUUCCUGCUUUUGUAAGCAUUAAAGAUUUUUAAGAAGAUUAUUCAAACUAUUUUUUUAUAAAAUGAAAGCUAUGAUUUUUAGUUUAAUGAUUCCCCUGUCCCCCUUUUUUGGAAGAUAUUCUGAUUCCUUGUUAACUUUUACCCUAAAACUUACAUGUGUUUUUGUCAUAAGUGCUUCAUGGCAUACAGACAGCUCAUGAAGGGAUCUAAUUUAGUGUUGUAUGUAUGUAUGUUCAUGGCAAAGUUUUGAAAAUAAAAAAUGUUUUUCUUCAAGCAGUUUUUUUUAUUACUGAGAGAAAAAAACAGUAAAGCUUUUCGAUUAAAUAAAAUCUAAAUGAUUAAUACCAUAAUUUUAAAGACUAAUGCUUAGAGAGAGAGACAAAGACAUUUUGUGCCUUUGACGAGUUAAAUUAUGUUGUGGAAGAAUGUUUCUUAAUUAAGCACUUUACUAGUGAGAAAAGAUCUCACAGUUACUUUAUAUGAAAUCAGGUACUGUAUUCCCACUUAUUAAAGCACAACGUUCUGUUUGUAAACUGUAAUGUCUGGUAGAGGAUUGAUAUCCCAGGAAAAUUAAACUUUUGAAUACAUUAGCAAUUCCCAACAUAUUAUGUACACCCAGUAAUAAGGUUCUUUGCAUAUUUUGUGUUGUGUAUUACUCUGACUCUUUAGGGAUUAUGUAAGUCAUUCCAAAGUUACAGAAAAAGAAAGAUUAAGUUGAGUCUGACUUAUUUUUAUCCUGUGGGAAAACAUAUACUAAUUUUUGAUUUUGUUAAUUUUAUAACAUAGGUGGAAUUUUAGAGUGGGGUUUUAUAUAAGUAAUGGAGGAUAAAAUGGGUGGGAGAAAAUGGCACUCAGCAUCUGAAGAUAGAGGCAGUUCUCUAGAACUCAUGCAUUGCCAUUGGAAAGCCUGUGUUGGGCAUCGAUGUCAGAUUCUGAAGAAUCACCUGGAAAAUCAUCCUAGAAACAAGGAAGCUACACCAAACCAUAGUCUCCCAUACUUUGUCACAUGGGUUGUCCAUUAUCAUGUAUUAUAAUCAAAAUGUUUACUUGAAUAAAGAAAAAAACCCACUUACUCUCAUAUGUGAAAUGUAUUUUGCUUUUUAAAUUUUGGAUUAAGAAGGUGACAUUGCCAUAAUUACCUUUUGUUUCUUACCCAUUCAUAUUAAAAAUUUACAUAUUUUCAAACAUACUUUGAAGUCAACAAAUCUUUAAUGACUUGAACUAUUAAAAUAUAUUGUAAGCCUUUAACUCUAAGGUAAAAGCCAUUAUUAAUUGCAUUUGCUCUAGAAAUGAACAUUUAUUUUGAAUUAUAGUCCUUUGGUUAUUUGGGUACACGCUUGUAACACAUACCAAAAAUGACUUCUUAAUAGCUAUGUGCAACUAUAUUGCAUACAUUGAUUACUGAUGGCAUCUUACAAAUGAUCUACCUGAAUCUGAGGAUCUGUUCAUGGUAUAUCAGUAGUACUAGAAAAUACUACCUUUUUUGCAUAUGUUUUUCUUUACUGAUAGAUCCUGAUAAACUCUGCCCUCAAGUAUGAACGUUAACUCCUCCAGUUAAUGUAUUAUACAUUUACUAGCUAAUAUUCUUAUAAAUCUUACAAUCUUAUAAAAGAUUAGCUAAGACUAAAACCAAAAAUUCCUUCCUUUGUAAAUAUUUUAAUUUUGCCUGAUCAAUCAUAAAAAAAAUUUGUUCAAUACCUAAAAUAGAUUCCUCUAUUUUUUUUAAUAUUAAACCUUUGAGAUACAAAUCUAUUGUUUGAUUUCAUCUCUUUAUUACAAGGAUUUUUAUCCUAAACAGGUGUCAGUGGGGCCUUGAAACCCCUGAAUUGCUAGCAAAACUGGACAUGUAAUUAUUUGUCUUUCUGGAGAGAGCUCUUGUUAAAAUCGUAAAUGGUCUGUGAUCCAAAAAAGUGUAAAAGCCAUGACCUUAUUGAAUGUGGGCUCUGAAUUGUAAACAUAACUUUGAAAUAAUAAUUGUGAAACUAAUUGUUUAAAGCAUCCUAAAAACAAUGUUAAAAGAAAAAUCUUAUGAUGAAAACUGGAAAAUGUCUGCAUUUGUAGUGGUGAACUUGAACCUUGAACGGAUUAGAGCAGGUAAGACAUUACUGGUAGGGGAGAGUUAUAAGGGUGAGUUCUGUCCCAAAAAAGAAAUAUCUUAGUCAUUUAGUACUUUUUUCCUAUUAAUAAUUUCUAUUUUGUCCUGUUAACAGAAACCCAAAAAAGUAUGUUGUUUUAUAUUAAAUGGUUGAGCUCAUUAUUUAAUAUAACAGAAGACCAGACUUGUUUUUAUAUUUUGGGGAAUCAUCUUUUUUCAUGUGGUUGAAAGAAUGAAUAAAACUGUAUGACACAGACCCUGCUAAAACUAAAGAACCAAUUUGUUGGGGACAUUCCAUGCAUAUUUCCAAAAUGUAUUUUACCUUAGUAUUAGAGAAAGAAAAUAAGUUUUAAGAAAUGAUUCCAUUAUAGCUAGGAUUAAUAUAUUUAAUAGCCAUUUUCAUUACAGGAGGAAAGGUGACAAUAGUGCGUCGUACUACUGAGACUUCUUUUAACCAAUGUCUUUGGUAGGUAGCAAGGCGUAAUUAAUUGAUUUUUCUCUUAGCAGAUUUAAAAUACCUAUUAUAGACCUUAUUUCUUUUUCCACUACAGCUUAAUCUCUGCCUGAUUUGACAGUGCCAAAUUUUUAAUGUAAUCGCUAUUUAAUUUGGGACUGGGAGCCUUUUCAUUUCCUACCUGUCAAAACUGCUAUUAGAAUCUUCGUUUUACUCCUUUAAAUUGUUGGCAAGGUAAAUGGGCACGGAAAACUUAUAUUUUUUCCUGGAAUUCUGUUUUGGUAGAGGAAAGUCCUGAUCAAGAUGGAAUAGUUAAUGUGCAGGGCUCAUGCCCUCUCCUUAAGUGAAUAGAAACAUUUUUUUAUUUAUCAGAUUAUAAAUAUUGCUUUUAAGGAGGGUUUUUUUUUUAUGGAGUGACAGAUAUUUUAUAGGAGGAAAUAGUUUUAUGUAGCAAAUGGAAAAUUUUAUGAUUAAUUAUAAUUUCUCUUUUAAAGAAUUUGUCAGGUAUAUAAUUUAAAAGAUAUUAAAACAGCAAUAUUUGCAUAGUUUAUAUGAAGUCUUGAAGCAUUGAGAAAAGGUUGCUACAUUUUAAUAGUUUUUUAUUGGCAAUAUAUAGAAAUAACUUUUUAUAACAGUUUUGUGUGAAGAGUAACAAAUAGCAUGACUGAAAUGAACAAGGUACUGGUAUAAUUCUUAGGGAAUUAUAAAUCUCUCAGAUCUAGUACUCUAGUCAAUUACAAUUAAUCAGUCACUAUUGUAAAAUAUAAAAAUUAAAGACUAUCCUUACUUUCAUCAAAAUGACCUUAUAUGUUGGAGAAAGUUUACUUUUUAUAGCCUUAUAAUUAAUGAAACUGAAAUUUUUAUCACAUGCAUCUAUAAAAUUAGGAAAAUAUAAAAUCGGGGCAAAAAUCUGAUAUUUUAAAAAGUUAGUUUGGCAUAUUUGGUAAAUUGAUAGAUUACCACUGUCAAGUUAUAUCAGUGAAUCUAGAUCUAUUGUCCUCAGAUACUGCUUUAUGUAAGAAUUAGUGUAAAAUUGAAAAAAUACGCAGUGUUAAAAGUUGUCAUUGUUGGGGUCUUUAUGAAAUCACUGCAUCCAUGUACAGUUUUGAAUUAAAAAUGCACAACACAAAAUAAUUUAUCAUUUUUGAAAGAUCUAACAUUAGCUUUGAUAGUUUAGCAUUAUUUAAGUGUUUUAGUAUAUGUGAAAUGUUUAUUUGGUUAAUUUAUUUUCAAAUGUUAAUAAUAUUAAAUAUUUAUGCAAUGUUUAAAUAUUUGGAGUAUAUUUGAAAUAAAUUCUCCAGAUUUUUGCAUAAAGGAUUAUUUAAGUGCUCAAAAUGAUUGUUUCACAAUUGAUCUCUAAGAAAUAAAAUAUUGACAAAAUA